ACAAAGAGCCCUAGACUUCAAAGCGCCAAACCCCCCCUCACCACCACCCACACCCACCAAAGGCCAAAAACAGCGCUCUGCUCAUUUCUCUUGCUCCUCGGAACCGAUCACUCUCUCCUUCUCUCCGGCGCCGACUCCGAAAUGGUGUUUCUCUUGCUACUGGUUUGCCUUCUGUUCACAAAUGAGAAUAUGAUUUCUAGACUAACAAGUCAUGCAAUGGCAAGCCGGAGAAUGAAUCAAGGACAAGAAGUGUGGUUUCCUACUUCUGCUCCUGAUCUGAAUGAAGAAAUUGAAUCCAUUGAUCUAAAUCAUUCAGCCAGUCUAACUGGUAGAGCCCGGAAUACGUUGUCUCUAUUCCCUGAUGUCCCAGACGCAUAUGCACUGUCAAUGCCUCAAAAUCAUGUUGAAGGGGCUCCAAAGUCUGAGUUCAGUAUGCCUCCGUGUUCCCAGACAGACGUUAAGCCUAUGACGUUGCCUCAAAAUUAUCUCCGUGAGGGGUCGCUGCCUGCCACAUCAACAGCUGGUAUCCCAUUUUUUGAGGAGAAUGUGAAUCGGCACAAUCGGUACCUUUAUCUUGAGAAUGCCAUGAUUCCAGAAGACAAGAUGAUGGCUAUUCCACAGAUCAUUGAUCCUGAGAAGUCCAGAAUUGGGUGGAGUACUAUGGCGGGAACACAUUUCAUGGACCGAGGCUCGCUAGUACAUGAUGUCAGUGGUGGUUCAACUAUUGACACAAAGACUAUACCUGGAAUACGUGCUAAUGAAUCGGUUCAGGCUGAGAUGCAUUCUGAAAAUGUUCCAACUCUUGGACUCGGAGCAGGAUCUUACAUGGAGAAUAGGCCUAGAGAUGCCAUUUCCAGUGUAGGCAGCACUGGGGCGAUUGUCACUGAUAGAAGGGCCUUCAGUUCGUAUGAUAUGAGUUUUUCUAACUUUGGGAAUGAUCUGGACAUAUUUACCCGUUCACAACCAAACGUGGGUGGAGUUGCAUUUCAGAGUGGAUUAUCCACUCAUCAUAAUGAAGUCCCUCGUAGAGCUCAGAACAUCGAUAAUCAAAGGCUACUACAGAAUUUCAGUGCAUUUCCUCAACCAGCUGAAAAUGCAAUGCUUCAAAUUGAAAACUUUCGUGGAUUUCCCAACAACCUACAGAACAUGGGGUUCUCUUCCAGAAUACCACAAAACAGUGAUGCUGACACCCUUGCACCAUUUGUAUUCGAGCCCCAUGCUUAUCAGAUUCCAUCCAAUUGGGAUCUGGAACUUCAAGGGAAUAGAGCUGCACCAGCAUCAGAAGAUAGUUACGCUACCGAUGGCUUUUGGGGAUCUUUAGCUGAGCUUCCAGGACUACAUAACAGUAACCAGGUUAGUUUUCCUGGUGAUUAUGAACAGUCUGGUUUGGCUAGGUUCCCGUCGUCAAACUCAAAUCCAUUGAUGCACAGAGGCAUGCAAUCUGAUUCCUACCAAACAAAGAAUCCUUAUUUAGGGUCUCAUAAUGACUUCUCACCGGGGUCUUAUUUCAACUCUCCUUCUAUGGGAGUUACAAGAAGCAUCAACAAUAGCCAGGAGUUGACAGGUGAUUUUGGUUUGCCUCAAGCCAUUGCUCCAGUACAGCCAUCAAGAGGUCCACCUACAACAACUUAUAGAGCCGGUAUCUCAAGUACACCUCCCAAUCUUGUAUCUAAUGUUCCCCCUGCUGCUGCAUCUGGUAGUGUUUCUGUUGGACCAUCUCGGAAAAGGAGCAUGCUGGAAUCUCGAUCUGAUACUGCACAAGCUGCACGCAGAAAAAGAUCGAUUAGCAAUUUGGUUCAAUCAUCACCAUCCAGUGCUACUGCUUCAGUAACAUCUCCUGGAUGGAAUGCCCCAUUCGGCACGUCAUACAAUUUGGGAACUCCGUUGUAUCCACCUCAAACUUCAACUGCUGCUGCCUUGCAUCGAACACAAGUUCCAACUGCUGGCUUUCAUCCACCCCAAGUUUCAACUGUUGCUGCACAUCCACCUCAAGCUUCAAGAAAAGCUUUACCUCAGUCCCGAGUUCCAGCUGUUCCUUCACAUCAAGCACCAACAGUUGCACACCGUCAACUUCAAGCACCAACAGUUGCACAUUGUCCGCCGCAAGCUCCAAGAGUAGAUGUACUACAAUCUCAAGCUUCAGCUGUUCCUUUGCAUCCACCAGCUAGGGCGCCAACCGUUGCUAAUCGUCCGCCUCGAGGUCCAACUGUGUCGCGCACUCUACCCUCAACUAGAAGUAUGGAGCACAUAAGGUGGCAAGGUCCGGAAGGGGAUCCAGCACCAAGCGAAUUCAAGUGUCUGCUAUGCAAGAGGGAUCUUCCAUUCUCACCGGAAGGCGCCAUGACUGUGCCGAGAAAUCCACCACCCGUAUCUGUACUGCCAUGUCACCACCAGUUUCAUACCUACUGCUUGGAACUCAUAACACCUCGAGAACAAGCAUCGAAUCCUCCGUGCCUGCCUUGCGCCAUGGGUGAUACCAUCAAAUAGUUAGUUGUAGUAGUUAUUCUCUUAGUCUCUAAUGUUUUGAGGGAACAAGAAACAAAGUCCUUUCUUUUACUGUGAAAAUUUUGUAGCAGCAGAUAGUCAGUCAUAUAUGGGAUACAGAGGGUAGGGAGAUUGACUGGGGGAAGGUGAAAAGCUGUAGAUAAGAUAGCUGCUGCCGGGAUGUGGGGUUCUGAAAGGGAAAACCACCUCAGGCGAUUGAUUUUGCUGACCAAUUCAUGAGACAUCUCAGUGCUCUAUGUUCUCGUUUGGUUGUCUUCUUUGCAC